AUGGCGGUUAUUGAAACAGAUGACGGCUCGCUCUCCCUUCUAUCUCUGAUCUCCCUCUUCUCUGAUCUUUCUCAUCUCGUCCUCCAAUCCUCUCUCUCCGUAGCUACCUCUUCCACCGUCGCUUCCUCUUCAAUGGAAUCGAAGAGGCUUCUCUGCCAUCUAAGCUAUAUUGGAAUAUCUUCUCUGCCAGCUAAGACACAAUUAAUUAAAGCUAGGGAGCAACAGCAGCAGCAACAGCAACAGCAGGGCAAGUUUUGCAUGGUGCUGUUGGUGCGAUAUCUCCACAAGUUCCAAGGUCGUAGUCAACAAUUACCAGGGUCUACUCUGGACAUUAAGAGUGAGAUUAAUCCGGUUUUAAAUCCCAGAGCUGCGGGGCCUGAAGGAUCACUAAUAAGCAUGCCUGAUUUAGUUAACGGGAGUUUUUCUUCUGUCGGGAUCAAAUCAAGGCAGCAACAAUUUGACUUUGAAGGGGUGGCCACUCACAAUUUCUUGCUAAGAUAUUGGUACUUGAUGGUUCAAAGGAUGUGCCAGUUGGACAACCAAAUGCAAUAACAAUUGAAGUGGGUGACAUAUUAUGUGAGAUAGAGACAGACAAAAUUACCCUGGAAUUUGAAAGUAUGGAGGAAGGCUGGGUUCUAGAUACUUGGCUAAGAUACUUGCACCAGAAGGUUCAAAAGAAGUGGCAGUUGGACAACCUAUUGCAAUAACAGUUGAAGAUGCAGGUGAUAUUAAAGUUGUAAAGAAUUCUAGUGGUAGCAGAUCUGCAAGCAAAAAUGAGCAGAUCACCAAACAUGAUACUAAAACUGAGGUGAAACCACAGAAAACUAGUUCAAAAAGAAUUAGCCCAUCUGCAAAGUUGCUAAUUUCGGAAUAUGGAAUGGAUGCAUCGACAAUAAAUGCCUCUGGUCCACAUGGCACUUUACUGAAAAGGAAUGUUCUGUCUGCAAUUAAAUCAGGAAAAUUGAUUCCAAAACCUUAUUUAGCUAAAAAGAAGGCAUCACCAUCUCAAAGUCAUCAACAAUCUGCAGCAUCACUAGAGUCAAAGUCUGCUUCUGCCUCAAAGCAGUCAGAUGCAUAUGAAGAUCUUCCCAAUAGUCAAAUUCGCAAGGUUGGUCUGAUGAAUUUUCUGUUAAACAAGAGAAAGGCUCCUCAAAUCUUUUUAGAGGCAUGUUGUAUUUUAGUGAGAAGUAUCCUUGCUAGUUUAUUUGUAUAGGAGUUAUUACUUUUGAUUUUCAAUACUAAAAUACUAUAUAUUUUGUUUAAUAUUUUAUGAGUUACAUAAUAUUUUAUUUAUGGAUUA